UCGGCUGCGUGGGUGCCAUGGCAACGCGGAGAGCCGGCAACCUGACUUCCGGAAGUGGGAGCACUGCGGCUUAGAAACUGCUCAAGUCCAAGGAUGCUGAGUCCCGAGCGCCUAGCGUUGCCCGACUACGAGUAUUUGGCUCAACGACAUGUCCUCACGUAUAUGGAGGAUGCAGUUUGCCAGCUGCUAGAGAACAAGGAAGAUAUUAGCCAAUAUGGCAUUGCCAGGUUCUUCACAGAGUAUUUGUUCUAGGUUGGAGUCAUACUGUUGGAACCAUUCUCUACUAAUUUUGGACUCAGGAAACCACUCCUUCCACUUGUCUCUUCAGGCCAGAGGUUUUAAUAGUGUAUGUCAGGGAACUCACAUUCUUUUUCGGGAGUUCAGCUUCAUCCAAGCCACCCCUCAUAACAGGGCAUCAUUUUUACGGGCCUUCUGGAGAUGCUUCCGAACUGUGGGCAAAAAUGGUGAUUUGCUGACCAUGAAGGAAUACCACUGUUUACUACAGUUACUCUGCCCGGACUUCCCACUGGAGCUCACUCAGAAAGCAGCCAGGAUUGUACUCAUGGAUGAUGCCAUGGACUGCCUCAUGUCCUUCUCGGACUUCCUGUUCGCCUUCCAGAUCCAGUUUUACUACUCAGAAUUCCUGGACAGCGUGGCUGCCAUCUACCAGGACCUGCUAUCGGGCAAGAAUCCCAACACAGUGAUCGUGCCAACGUCAUCCAGUGGGCAGCACCGGCAGCGGCCGGCCCUGGGCGAGGCCAGCAUGCUGGAGGGUGUGGAGGCAGCUCUGUUCUACCAGCGCCUGGAGAGUCUGUGUGACCGGCACAAGUACAGCUGCCCACCCCCGGCAUUUGUCAAGGAAGUCCUGAGCAACGUUCAGAGGCUGACCUUCUAUGGAUUCCUUGUGGCUCUCUCAAAGCAUCAUGGGAUCAACCAAGCCCUAGGAGCUUUGCCCGACAAAGGGGACCUGAUGCACGACCCAGCCAUGGACGAGGAGCUGGAACGACUGCUAGCCCAGGUGCCGGGCCUGGUCAACCCGGUCACUGGCAGCCCAGAGGCCAGCAGCCUGCCCUCCCGGACCACUCCCAGAGUUGGCUCCCCCUGGAGGCCCCUCCAUCACACCCGCAAAAUGGAUGCGGAGAGCGAUGGCUCUACUGAAGAGACAGAUGAGUCCGAGACUUGAGGCGGCUGGAGGGUGCUGCUGACAACACACGGGAUGCUGGUCCCACUCCGCCAUGGGGGCUGCUGCCCAACCUCCCUGGUUCCUGUGCCAUGCUGCCCUCUGCCAGUUAAAAAUAAGGCCAAAUAAUGCAGUGAUCUGAGACCUGCCAACAAGGGCUCUGAUCAGCAGUGUUUCACAGCUUUCUCCCCUGCCCACUUUGGGCCUUUGCCCUAAAGUCACCCUGGGCCAACAACAAAUUUGCUGAGGCUGCCGGGAAGGUCACUUGGCCUUCUGCUCUUUUGCUGACAACCCCCCCACACACACACACCGCCGCCGCCUACCCCAUAAAGUUCAUCUCACAGCAACUCCAGGAAGGGCAGUACCCCAAGUAGUUGUGCAGAAGCUGCCAUGGUCGGGGUGACGCCUGUGAUGCCGGUGGGGGGACAUUACCACGGUGGCCUGCUGAGCGUCUCCAGUCAUAAGAUGGGGAAGGGUGGGCAAGACAACUCAUUCCAAAACUGUUUCAAGUCAUCUGUCUAAUCGUGAACUCUGACAUGAAUAAAGUCCCUGUGUCUGGUAA